AUGUGGAUUGCGUUUCCUAUCAGUCGGUUUAUCGCCCUUUCACGAGGUCAAUUAGACGCCAAAAUGCGAGAUUUCCACAAAACAUAUGGUGAAGUCGUUCGCUUCGGUCCGAACGAAGUAUCUUUCAUCACCGCUCAGGCAUGGAAAGACAUAUAUGGUCAUGGCCAUCAACAGCUACCAAAGGUGCUGCAUUCAACCAGUAACCCGUGCGACAUUGUGAGCGCCAAUGAUGCAGAUCACAGUCGCCUGCGAAAGUCUUUAGCACAUGCCUUUUCUGCGAAAGGCCUGCAAUCCCAGGAGCCCAUAAUCACUAAGUAUGUGGAUUUAUUGAUAGGAAAACUGAAAGUCCUCGCCGACUCAUCCAACCCAGAAGCCGAUAUGGUGAAAUGGUACAACCUGACCACAUUCGACAUACUCGGAGAUCUCGCUUUUGGAGAGUCAUUUGGAGGAUUAGAAUCUUCUGAAUAUCAUUACUGGGUAUCGAUCAUCUUUCAGGCAAUCCGAGGAAUGUCCCUUGUGCAAUUUAAGGAUGCCUAUCCGCUUCCAUUCAAAAUAUUGUCACUUUUUGUCGGUUCGAAAUGUCUGAUGAAUGCACGGCGAAGGCAAAUUGAAUUUAGCCGAGCCACUGUUCAGAAACGUCUCCAACUUGAAGGUCACAGAGAAUGCACAGACUUUAUUGGUAGCAUGUUGCGCCAGCGUGGAGACCCAAGCAAAGAAAUCACCGAUGAGGAGUUAGAAGCGAACUCUAAUGUUUUGGUCAUUGCUGGCAGCGAGACGACAGCUACUUUACUUUCUGGAGUUACAUACUGGCUGCUGCGCACGCCGCACGCCAUGGAAAAAAUCACUCGCGAAAUAAGAUCUGCUAUGAAAAGCGAGAAUGACAUCACAAUCUCAAGCACCGCAAAUCUGCCAUACAUGCUCGCAUGUCUCAAGGAGGCAUUGCGAAUGUAUCCACCGGCGCCCUCUGGACAGCAGCGGAUGACCCUUGGGCCUGAACCAUCUCGAAUUUCGGGCUACACCAUGCCCCCAAACGUAAGAAACAAAUCCCCCCCCACCGGGGCCAAUACUAUUUUUGUUUCCAACCGAACAAUGGCUGAUGUUUAG